ACCAGGGAGCAGCUGGCAGGAUGGGGGCUGCGGCCGCGUGUCUGUCGCCUGGUUAUGCUUUGGGGCUCACCGCAUUGGACUGAGAUCACUGGAGAGGAUCUGGGAGACUGCAGAAGGGCAGUGUGCAACAGACAGAGCUCUCCACUAUUGUAGAUGGGGCGCUGGAUAUGCUGCCUUUGCUCCAGAGUUGCAGAUUGGUUGAUGCUGCUCCUGGUUUUGGCUCGUAGCUCUAACCCUUCUGCAGCAGCAACAGCUUCGCCGUCUGCGCCCCACGUCAGACCCAGCUACAGCUUUGGCCGCACUUUCCUGGGACUUGAUAAAUGCAACGCCUGCAUUGGGACGUCCAUUUGCAAGAAGUUCUUUAAGGAGGAAAUAAGGUUUGACACCUGGCUUUCUUCUCAUUUAAAGCUGCCCCCCAGCUACCUGCUCAGCUACUUGGGCAACUACACCGAUGAUACUCAGAGCUGGAGGAUGGUUGACAUCACCCGCCUGACCACCAAGUACCAGCAUGACCGGGCUGACCAGCGCAUCUGCACCUCCCUGCUGAAGACCAAAACAUGCAGCCUAGAGCAGGCCCUGCGCCGCACCCAUCGCUUCCAGAAGUGGCUGAGGGCCAAGCGCCUCACGCCCGACCUGGUGCAGGGCCUGUCCAGCCCCUUGCUGCGCUGUCCAUCCCAGCGUCUUCUGGACCGGAUUGUGCGGCGCUACGCUGAAGUGCCAGAUGCUGGCAGCAUCUACAUGGACCACCUCACCGAGCAGGACAAGCUGCGCCUCCUGUACACACUGUCAGUGAAUUCACACCCUAUCCUCUUACAGAUCUUCCCUGAUGUGGAAGGGUGGCCCUUCCCACGGUAUCUGGGCUCCUGUGGGCGGCUGGUGGUCAGCGCCAGCACCCGGCCUCUGAGCGACUUCUUCAGGGCAGCCCCUGAGGUGGCAGCUGACCUGGCCCUCCAGCUCCUCGCCGUCCUCCGCUCCAUGGGCAACAACGACCUCAACUAUUUCUUCUACUUCACCCGUGUGGACGUUGGCACCUUUGGCGUGUUCAGCAAUGGGCAUCUGUUCAUCCGGGAUGGCAGCACGCUGGGCAUCAUCGACAAGGAGGAAGGGAGCCAACUGAUGGAUGGCCAACAGGACUAUAAGGAUAUCUUUAGCUGUUUGACUGUGGACUGCCAGUCUGCAUUUGUGUCCUGUAACUCCAUCAGAGAGAAGCAGAGCCUUGUCUUGGUGUGUCAAGAGCUUUUACCUAAGCUCCUGAAGGGGAAAUUCCUGCCACCUGUACAGGAGAAAAUAGACAGCUUCCUACAGCACUGCGUAGAGGGCCUCACUGAUGACCAGGAUGUCAAUGAGGCAAUGGCAAAGCUGGCACAUCUCCUGAAGCCUCUGCAGUCUUGUGAUUCACGUUUUGCCUACCGCUACCCGGACUGCAAAUACAGUGACAAAUACUGAUGGUUUUGAAGGAAGGCUGCCCAAGAAGGAUUGGGCAGGGUCAUCCCCAAGCAGUGUAAGAAGAAGAAGGAACCAGAGUAGCUGAAUGGAGCUGCACCAAUUCCGGAGCUUCCUCACAGAGAUGAAGGAGUUGGGAACAGAGUGCACAUAGGAUUUAUUGUUCAUCUCCCACAGAUGCAUUUGUUACUUGGGAUGUUAGAUGUGAUGUAAGGCUUAUGGAUUAUAAACAUUAUCAUGAGAGACAGAGACUACAGGAUUAAUAAAUCUUCUUCAUGUAUUUUGGCCUUGGAAGAGUUUUCCGUGCCAUCCAUUAAAGAGAAGACCUCUGAAGGCAAUGUGCUCACAGCUAGCUAGAUAGCAGAAUUUUAUUGCCAAGUACAAUUUCCUGAUCAAGAUGAUAUAUACAUAAUGUGAGAUGGAUGGAAGCAUUUAAGACUUUAUUUGUGGAGAUUUUUGAUGCUCUAAAAACCAUAGACAAACUGAGCCACCUGAUGAGUUCCUUACCUUCAUUCAUCACAGAUCACCCAAUGUCUCUUGAGACCUAAUUUUUCUAAUCCUACAAUAUACUUACUUUUAGUCUUUUCCAAGUUAACUGGCAGUAAUUGGAGUCUAAUAAGUGUUCUUGUUUACAGGUUAAAACCAAACCAAAAUAACAACAAAAAAACAACUCUUAGAUGUGGCUGUCCAGAAGACACUUUCAUACUUUUCUCUCUAAAGCGAACAGGAAGGAAGCAUUUGAACAAAACCAUUCAAAUGGGAAAAUUACCUUAAGAAGAGAAACAACAUGGUCAGAGGUUGAGAUAUUAGUUUACCCUAGCAGUGAAACCAUCUGAACAUCUAUCCCUACUUCCUCAUUCAUUUGCCUUUUAAAGGAGAAAUUGGAAGUCAGUCCCAAAGGAUUGACUCAGGUACCUACAAUUUGAGGUGGUGGACUCGUGUUUUCACACAGAAUUAGACACAUGUGCCUUGUUUUCUGCAGAAAGAUUGCAGAAGUUGCAGAAUAGAAAAACAUGGUUUGCCUAGAAUCAAAGAAUGCCUGAAGUUUGAAGAGACAUCUAGAGGUAACCAGGUCCAACCCCUGCUCCAGCAGGCACACCAAAGGUAGGGUGUCCAGGUGGCUUCUGAACAUCUCCAAAGAGGAGACUCCACAACCCCUCUGGCAGCCUGUGCCUGUGCUCCAUCACCUGCAUAGUGCUGCUGUUCAGAUGGAGCAUCCUGCUUUCUGGUUUGUGCCCACUGCCUUUCGUCAUGUCACUGGUAACCAUCUAAUCUGUGUUGAUCCCCAACCCACGAGUUCUUUGUGAGGUGUCAGAGAAACACACUAAACUUUCCCUAUGUUCAAGGGGGCUACUUCUCUUCUGGUAUUCAGGCAUGCAGGAGUCACCGACCAUAUUUGACUAAGCUGAGUCAGAAGCUAAAUGUUCUGGAUCCCCCUGUAAGUAUUUUCAUCAUGGAAACAGUCUUCCUCUAGCCAUGGUUCAAAAAAGAAACCAGUAAUAAGCAUAAAACCAGAAAAAGAUGAGAGUGCAUUUGCAUUGGUAAUGAUUGUACAGAGUUAAAGGGAACAGGAAAGCAAAAUUUUGUGCUGGCUGUGGAGAGGUUCUGUUCGCACAGAGCACCGGGCCUGGGGUGAAGGCAAUGCAUGUCAGGUAUCCAAAAACACAUGCCAUUCUGACACUGGGAAAAUCUGACCUAGGACAUUUACUUUUCCUCUUGGCAUGAAACAUUAAGUACACCUUUCACCUCUCAAGAAGCAGAAACAUUGAAAAUAAAAUGUAGGUAAAUUUAGCUUGAGGUCCAGAUGGUUCAACAGAAAAAAAUGUUUAAAUAUACAGUCUAAGCUACUGUUGCAGCCUUCUUUCAUGAUUUCAGUCUAUUUCUACAUCAUGGCUCUCUUCCAGUAUGAAAAACAUGUCCUUUGCUAGAUCCAUAAGGCUGCCUAACAAUCUGUUUUCAACAGUUUUUCUGGAAUCUGUCUGCAUCUUUGAUCUCUCAGUCUGUGAUUUUACCUAAAGCUGCACCUUGGCACCAGGCUGCUUCCCCUCCAGCAAGUUUCCCUUGCUGGCAGCCCCUCACUGGGGAAGGAAAAUCUCCUGCUCCACCACCACUCACUGAUUAGUAAUUAGGUGCUACCCCCUGGGAUGCUUGUUGUCAUCUUGCACUCAGUGCUGAAGGGCUUGUACAUUUGUAAGCAAAAUUGUCCAAAAAGCCCUAACGGGAAGAACUCAUCUGGUCCAAUAGAAUCACAGACUCAUGGAAUGGUUUGGGUUGGAAGGGACAUCAAAUCCCAUGCUGCCCCAACCCCUGCCAUGCAGGGCUGCCCCCACCAGCUCAGGUUGCCCUGGGCCCCAUCCAACCUGGCCUUGAGCACCUCCAGGGAUGGGGCAUCACAGCUUCUCUGGGCAGCCUGUGCCUCA